AUGGCGUCAAUAGGUCCAUUGUCGCCUUCCUCUAGACACCAGCUGUAUCAUUCAAGAUUAGAUAAUUCAUCUCCAGAAUCAUCAUCUUCUCCAAAAGCAAUCCUGAAUCACAGAUACACCACCAGCAACAUUGAGAACUUUAACCUUUUACUGGCUCUUGAUAGAUCGUCAUCAUCGCCAACAGCGUCUCCCACCAAGAUCCCAAAACUUAUUGAUGGUGAUUACGUUGGUUUAAAAAGAAGAUCUGCGUUAUCCAUCACAUCUUCUUACAAUGAUGGUUCCAAAGCAUACACACAGGUACAAUCCAUUCAAAAUCCUCAAUAUAUGCCAAGUUCAGGCUUGGCAUCAAGAAAUAGUCUCUCUUCCAUACCCACAAUAGGUUCCAGUCGAAGAAACAGCAUGGGUACAACCCAUCCGGGAGGAGUACAUGACACCACUCAUAAUUCCGGAAAUGUAAAUUUGAAAGGCAAUCAUAAAGCAAGACAUCAUUCAACUCAAAACUCACUAUCGGCAAUCAACGAUGCUACAGGCUCUCGUGCCAGCUCAAACAUGAAUAGUUUAUUACAAAGUCCAACCAGGAAUGGGAUUCAUAGCUCGAAUUUGGAAACCCCGAGAAGAUCUUCCUCAAUAUCAAUGUCUGGAUUCAACUCCCCGAUGAGUUCAAAUAAUGUGAAUAAAUCAAAUGGAAUCAAAGUGGUUGCAAGGUUUAGACCUGAGAAUGAGAUCGAACUUAAGAUGCGUGGCGACAAUUCGGAAAGUGAUAACUUUAAUAUCAAAGAAGAUGGCACUUUGGAGACCACUCAGCGUAAAGGUGCAAUUGAUUUCCAAUCAGAUACCUCGAUUGUGGUUAAUUAUGUGGAUCAGUUUUCCAGUUUCACAUUUGACAGAAUUUUUCCUCCAGAAGCCACCCAGCAAGAUAUCUUUGAUUAUUCCAUUAAUGAGACUGUGCAAGAUGUUCUACAGGGUUACAAUGGGACUAUUUUGGCUUACGGCCAAACAGGGUCUGGUAAGACUUAUACAAUGAUGGGGAAGAGUAUUGAUGAUGCUGAACAGCGUGGGUUGAUUCCAAGAAUUGCUGAUACUAUAUUUGAUUUGAUCAUGCUAAGUUCCUCAGACAUUGAAUAUACUGUGGGGGUUUCAUACAUGGAAAUCUACAUGGAAAAAAUUCGUGAUUUACUAGAUGAUUCGGGAAAUUCCACAAAUCUACAUAUCCAUGAAGAUAAGGAAAAUGGGGUUCAUGUCAAGGGCUUAUCCCGAGUUUAUGUAACUUCUCCAGAUGAACUACAUAAUUUCAUGAAACAAGGGUCGGCCAAUAGAUCAGUGUCAUCAACUAAAAUGAAUGAGGAAUCAUCGAGAUCUCAUGCUAUUUUCCAAAUUAUCAUCACCCAGAAGGUUAUUUCUACUGGACUAAUCAAGCGUGGAAGCUUAUUUUUGGUUGACUUAGCGGGCUCUGAAAAAGUUGCCAAGACAGGUGCUUCAGGUCAAACUUUGGAAGAGGCAAAGAAAAUCAAUAGCUCGUUGAGUUCUUUGGGUCACGUUAUAAAUGCUUUAACUGAUGGGAAAUCUCAACAUAUUCCAUAUCGUGAUUCUAAGUUGACGAGAAUUCUACAAGAGUCUAUUGGGGGGAAUUCUCGUACGAGCUUAAUCAUCAACUGCUCUCCAUCUUCUGCCAAUGCUCAUGAAACAUUAUCAACCUUGAGAUUUGGCUCUCGGGCAAAGAAAAUUAAAAACAGAGCCCAUAUAAAUACUGAACUAUCGACCAAAGAGUUGAAAAAAAGUCUAGCGAAGCUUAGAAAUGAAGGUAUUAAUAAGGAUAAGCUAAUUUCUAAACUUGUUGAUGAGCUUUGGUGUUGGAGAAAUGGUUCUGCGCCCGCAAAUGAAAAUUGGGUAGACUUGCCCAUACCUACUGAUAGUGCCUUCUCUUCGAGAGAUGGAAGUCAUAAUGAGUCCAAGGUUGGUGAUCUUAAUCACAGUAGUUAUGUUGAUAAUAAUAUCUUAGCUCGUUUGAAUGAUUAUGACACAACCAUUGAUGGAUAUGAAGAUACAUUUGAAAAUUUAAGUCGUUCAGGUCAAAAAGUUGAUCCAAAUAUUUCGACGACCGACAUACAAAUCUUGAAGGAAAAUGAGGAUUUGAAGAGAGAAAUUACUGACACCCAAGCAAUGGUAAGUAAUUAUAUUGAGAAAAUAUCAGAAUUGGAAGCCUCUAAAGCUAAGGAAUCAGAAAUCGUUGGGAAUCAAAGGAAUGAACUUGCGUAUCUCAAGUCGCAGCUUGAUAUUGAAAAGUUAUCUAAUGGGUCUUUGAACAACGAAAUUGAAGCUCUUAAGAAUAAAUUGCGCAAUAAGAUGAUGACAAGGAAUGAUAAGCAACGGAUUUUUGGGCUAGAAAAAGCAUUAGAUCAAUUGCUGGGGAAAUUGGAGGAUAUGGCAACCCAAAACCAAAUUUUGAAAAAAGAUAUUGCAACCACCAGAUCUAUUGCCGAAACCAGAAAUGACCGGAUUAAAACCUUGGAAAUGGUAGUGAAGACCCAACAAACUACCGCGCAAAGUGAAAGUCUUGGGUUUGAGAAAAAAUUGGGCAUGUUGAGUCUGAGAAUUCAAACUGUCAAAAGAUUGCAUGAAAAUAAUAAUAAAAAUAGAAUCAUUACUUCUCCCAUGUCCGAUUCUCGUUUUAACUACUCAUCGUUAAUGUCUCCUACAUCCCCAAUAUUUGAAUCAACGUUUAAUGAAUCGGCAGAGUUGGAGGAUAAUGUAGAGAAAUCCAUUAGCUCUAUCAAUGUAGGGGAACUUAUUAAUACCAAAGGGGUAUCUGAUAAUUCUGAAUCAAAAUCUGCUAAUAUCUCUUUUGAAGAUAAGGAUCGGAGUCUGAAGUCGAUUGUUCAACUUUCUGACAUUAGCGGUACAAAAAAAGGUUUGAAUUUUAGAAUUGUUAAGCCCUUGAGAGGUGGCAAUGGUAGUGGGACUGGUCCUCAGUCAGAUGCAGAGGUGAAAACGGUAGAUUCUUGA